AUGUCCAUUAAUGAAAAGCAUACAAUAUCAAGCUUCUUCUCCCCGUCCGCACGGAGGGAACGACAUUCCUCCACCCAGGCCGGAGCGUGUAACUCGGCGCCUCCUUCUCCUCUUUGUCACCAGAAGGAGACGUCGAACUCUGGGACGUACUUUGUGGAAGAGACGCGAUGGGUAGGGGGAGGACGGGCGCAAGGACGAGGUAUUGGUAUGGUUUCUGUAAUGGCGGUGCAUGUGGGCAAAUGGCUGUUCCACUUGAUCAGCAGUGCUCACCCCCUUUGUAAAUCUGAAUCACAUUGCCUUAACCUCUGGUAUCCUUACCACUUCAUCUAUGCUGCCUCACACCCUGUAUUACUCACUGUCUACCCCACCAAUGACAUUGCUGAGGAAAAAGCCAGUAUCAGCUGUUUGGCAGAAGAAAGUGGAGGUCCCCAUGACAUUGAGCCUAUCGUACCAGCAGUUGAGACAAAAUUUGUUGUUAACCCGAUGCCGGGGCGAGACGCUGUCGGACUUGAUGCGGAUCUGGCGAACUGUCACAUCAUGAGGUAUUGGCAUCUGUCUGUGCUCGAGAGCACGCGUUCUUUGUGGCGACACGUAACAUGGAACACAGUUAUCCCUGUUUUGGUGGAACGGCUCCGGAAGGAGAUCUAUGUUGAUAACGUUCAACUCUUUUUUCUCCGUGCGCGUGAGGCCCUGAGUAAGUAG